AUGUCAUAUCGUAAUACUAUUACUUCCUCUUUGUUGAUUAAACAUUUCACCACUAAAAGAGCGUUUAGUUGCACCAGUGCUAUUUUAAAGCCUUCUUUAAGAAUUAAUGCAGUUGCCCCAAACUUUAAAGCUGAAACAACCGAGGGGCCAAUUGAUUUCCAUAACUUCAUAGGUAAUAACUGGGCUGUUUUGUUUUCUCAUCCAGCAGAUUUCACUCCUGUUUGUACCACUGAAUUAGGAGCUUUUGCCAAAUUAAAGCCUGAAUUCGAUAAACGUAAUGUUAAAUUGAUUGGUUUGUCUGCUGAGUCUAUUGAUAGUCAUAAAAAAUGGAUCCAAGACAUUAAAGAUGUUACUGCUGGUUUAAAUCCAUCUAAACCUUUUCCAUUUCCAAUAAUUGGUGAUGUUAAGAAGGAAGUUGCUUUAUUAUAUGAUAUGGUUGAUGAAGAAGGCUUUCAGAAAUUACAAAAAGGCCAACCAGUUGCCACUAUUAGAUCUGUUUUUGUUAUCGAUCCUUCCAAGAAAAUCAGAUUAACUUUUACUUAUCCAGCCUCAUGUGGUAGAAACACUGCCGAAGUUUUAAGGGUCAUUGAUGCUUUACAAAAAGCUGAUUCCAAGGGUGUUGUCACCCCAAUUAAUUGGAUUGAAGGCCAGGAUGUUAUUAUCCCACCAACUGUUUCUGAUGCUGAUGCUGCCAAGAAGUUUGGUGAUUUUAAGACUGUCAAGCCAUAUUUGCGUUUUACCAAGGCUUAA